AUGGAGCCGGUCGCGCUGGCGGGCGGCGGGGACCCCCCGGAGCCGGGCGGGCGCCCCGAGCCGGGCCCGCGGGCCUUCGUCCCGCAGAAGGAGAUCGUCUACAACAAGCUGCUGCCCUACGCCGAGCGGCUGGACGCCGAGUCCGACCUGCAGCUGGCCCAGAUCAAAAACAACCUGGGCCGGGCGGUGCAGCUGCAGGAGCUGUGGCCCGGGGGCCUCUUCUGGACCAGGAAACUCUCGGCAUAUAUUCGACUUUAUGGGAGAAAAUUUAGCAAAGAAGAUCAUGUUCUUUUUGUCAAGUUAUUGUAUGAGCUGGUAUCAAUUCCAAAACUGGAAAUCAGCAUGAUGCAGGGAUUUUCCCGUCUCUUGAUCAACUUGUUAAAGAAAAAGGAACUUCUUUCAAGAGAUGAUUUGGAGUUACCCUGGAGACCACUUUAUGACAUGGUGGAAAGAAUAUUGUAUUCCAAGACAGAGCACCUGGGAUUAAAUUGGUUUCCUAAUUCUGUAGAAAAUGUCCUCAAAACACUCGUGAAAAGCUGCCGACCGUAUUUUCCAGCAGAUGCCACAGCUGAGAUGCUGGAGGAAUGGCGGCCUUUAAUGUGCCCUUUUGAUGUGACAAUGCAGAAGGCCAUCACCUACUUUGAAAUAUUUCUUCCUACCUCCCUUCCUCCAGAACUUCACCAUAAAGGUUUUAAACUUUGGUUCGAUGAAUUAAUUGGCCUUUGGGUUUCAGUGCAAAAUCUCCCACAGUGGGAGGGGCAACUAGUAAAUCUCUUUGCUCGAUUGGCUACAGAUAAUAUAGGGUACAUAGACUGGGAUCCAUAUGUACCAAAGAUAUUUACACGAAUUCUGAGAAGCUUGAACCUCCCAGUGGGAAGCAGUCAAGUAUUGGUCCCAAGAUUUUUAACAAAUGCUUAUGAUAUAGGACACGCUGUAAUAUGGAUUACUGCCAUGAUGGGUGGACCAAGUAAGCUAGUGCAAAAACACCUGGCUGGUUUAUUUAACAGCAUCACAUCUUUUUACCAUCCUUCAAAUAAUGGGCGCUGGCUGAACAAGUUAAUGAAACUACUUCAGAGGUUGCCAAAUAGCGUCGUUAGAAGAUUGCAUCGUGAGAGAUACAAGAAGCCUUCUUGGUUAACCCCUGUGCCUGACAGCCAUAAGCUCACUGAUGAAGAUGUUACGGACUUUGUACAGUGCAUUAUUCAGCCCGUCCUCUUGGCUAUGUUCAGCAAAACCGGUAGUCUGGAAGCAGCCCAGGCUCUCCAGAAUCUUGCUCUCAUGAGACCCGAGUUAGUAAUACCCCCUGUACUUGAAAGAACAUAUCCUGCACUCGAGACGUUAACAGAACCUCACCAGCUCACCGCCACUCUAAGUUGUGUGAUCGGGGUAGCCCGCAGUUUGGUGUCAGGGGGCAGGUGGUUUCCUGAAGGUCCCACACACAUGCUACCUCUGUUGAUGAGAGCGCUCCCUGGGGUGGAUCCAAAUGACUUCAGUAAAUGCAUGAUCACAUUCCAGUUUAUAGCAACAUUUUCCACUCUGGUGCCUUUAGUAGAUUGUUCUUCUGUACUACAAGAAAGAGAUGACCUCACAGAAGUGGAACGAGAGCUUUGUUCAGCCACAGCUGAGUUUGAAGAUUUUGUCUUACAGUUUAUGGACAGAUGCUUUGGACUUAUAGAAAGUAGCACAUUGGAGCAGACAAGAGAAGAGACAGAGACUGAGAAGAUGACCCACCUGGAGAGUCUGGUUGAGUUAGGUCUGUCUUCCACGUUUAGUACAAUCCUCACGCAGUGUUCCAAAGAAAUAUUUACGGUGGCCCUUCAGAAGGUUUUUAAUUUUUCUGUUUCACAUAUUUUUGAAACAAGAGUCGCAGGCCGCAUGGUGGCAGACAUGUGCCGCGCCGCCGUCAAGUGCUGCCCAGAGGAGUCUUUGAAGCUGUUUGUCCCCCACUGCUGCAGCGUUAUAACUCAGCUGACAAUGAAUGAUGAUGUGUUGAAUGAAGAAGAGCUAGAUAAGGAGCUACUGUGGAACCUUCAGCUCUUGUCUGAGAUUACUCGAGUAGAUGGGAAGAAGCUGCUUCCUUAUAGGGAGCAGCUUGUGAAGAUUCUCCAGAGAGCCCUACAUUUAACCUGCAAGCAGGGCUACACUCUGUCAUGUAACCUCCUGCAUCAUCUUCUCCGCUCCACUACCCUCAUCUACCCUACGGAGUACUGCAGUGUGCCAGGUGGCUUCAACAAGCCCCUUUCUGAGUAUUUCCCUAUCAAGGACUGGGGUAAGCCAGGGGACCUAUGGAACCUGGGAAUCCAGUGGCAUGCUCCUUCUUCGGAAGAAGUGGCUUUUGCCUUCUAUCUGUUGGACUCCUUCCUUCAGCCUGAGCUCAUCAAACUGGAGCAUUGUGGGAAUGGAGAACUCGAGAUGUCUAGAGAUGAUGUCCUGCAGAGCCUGACUAUAGUGCACAACUGUUUAAUUGGCUCAGGGAACCUCCUACCUCCGUUGAAAGGAGAGCCGGUUACUCACCUGGUACCAACUAUGGUGUCCUUGGAAGAGACAAAGCUGUAUACUGGACUUGAAUAUGAUCUAUCCAGAGAGAACUACCGAGAAACAAUUGCUAGGGUCAUAAGGAAACUCCUCAACUACAUACUUGAUAAUUCAGAAGAUGACACCAAAUCAUUGUUUCUUAUCAUAAAGAUUAUUGGAGACCUUUUGCAGUUCCAAGGAUCUCAUAAGCAUGAGUUUGACUCCCGGUGGAAAAGCUUUAACCUAGUAAAGAAGUCCAUGGAAAAUAGGCUCCAUGGGCAGAAACAGCACAUCCGAGCACUGUUGAUUGACAGGGUGAUGUUACAACAUGAGCUCCGAACACUAACUGUAGAGGGUUGUGAAUACAAAAAAAUACACCAGGAUAUGAUCAGAGAUCUGCUUCGUUUAUCUACAAGUUCAUACAGUCAGGUCAGAAAUAAGGCUCAGCAAACAUUUUUUGCUGCCCUGGGAGCAUAUAACUUCUGUUGCAGAGAUAUCAUUCCCUUGGUUUUGGAGUUCUUGAGGCCUGAUAGACAGGACGUCACGCAACAGCAGUUCAAGGGUGCCUUGUAUUGUCUCCUUGGAAAUCACAGUGGCGUGUGCUUGGCAAACCUUCACGACUGGGACUGUAUUGUACAGACAUGGCCAGCAAUUGUUUCUUCAGGACUUAGCAAAGCAAUGUCCCUGGAAAAGCCCUCGAUAGUGAGACUGUUUGAUGAUCUUGCGGAGAAGAUUCAUAGACAAUAUGAAACAAUUGGACUGGACUUCACAAUUCCCAAGUCAUGUGUUGCAAUUGCGGAAUUGCUUCAACAAUCGGAAAACCCCUCUGUCAACCAGACACUGCUUAGCCCAGAAGAAAUUAAAGAAGGACUUAAACGCCAGCAAGAAAAGAAUGCUGAUGCCCUAAGGAACUAUGAAAAUUUGGUAAACACUUUGCUAGAUGGUGUGGAGCAAAGAAAUUUGCCUUGGAAAUUUGAACACAUAGGCAUUGGGCUUCUGUCUCUGCUCCUGCGAGACGAUCGAGUGUUGCCUCUUCGUGCUAUACAGUUUUUUGUGGAGAAUCUCAACCACGAUGCAAUCGUAGUUCGAAAGAUGGCUAUCUCAGCUGUUGCUGGUAUUCUUAAGCAGCUAAAACGAACCCACAAAAAGCUGACUGUCAACCCCUAUGAAAUCAGUGGCUAUCCUAAACCAACACAAAUUCUCGCUGGUGAUAGGCCUGAUAAUCACUGGUUGCAAUAUGAUAGCAGAAGUGUGCCGAGAACGAAAAACGAAUGGGAGUCAAGUUGCUUUGUAGAAAAGACUCACUGGGGGUACUACGCCUGGCCACGGAACCUGGUUGUUUAUGCUGGUGUGGAAGAGCAGCCUAAGCUUGGCAGAAGCAGAGAGGAUAUGACAGAGGCAGAACAGAUUAUAUUUGAUCAUUUUUCUGAUCCUAAAUUUGUUGAACAGCUAAUUAAUUUUCUAUCUUUAGAAGACAGAAAAGGAAAAGAUAAAUUUAAUCCCCGACGUUUUUGCCUCUUUAAGGGUCUGUUCAGGAACUUUGAUGAUGCCUUUCUGCCGGUUCUGAAGCCCCAUCUAGAACGCCUGGUUGCAGAUUCACACGAAAGCACUCAGCGAUGUGUUGCAGAAGUUAUAGCUGGUUUAAUCAGAGGCUCUAAGCAUUGGACAUUUGAGAAGGUGGAGAAACUUUGGGAGCUGCUGUGCCCUCUGCUUAGAACAGCGUUAUCCAACAUUACGGUAGAAACUUACAACGACUGGGGGACUUGUAUAGCAACGUCCUGUGAAAGCAGAGAUCCUCGUAAACUUCACUGGCUUUUCGAGCUGCUGCUGGAGUCACCGCUGAGUGGUGAAGGAGGAUCCUUCGUAGAUGCAUGCCGACUUUACGUUCUACAAGGUGGCCUUGCCCAGCAGGAAUGGAGAGUGCCUGAACUAUUGCACAGACUACUGAAAUAUUUGGAACCCAAACUCACCCAAGUUUACAAAAACGUCAGGGAAAGAAUAGGGAGUGUGCUGACCUACAUAUUCAUGAUAGAUGUUUCUUUGCCAAACACUGCACCAACAACAUCCCCCCGUGUCCCUGAGUUUACUGCUCGAAUCCUAGAGAAACUGAAACCCCUCAUGGAUGUGGAUGAAGAAAUUCAGAACCACGUUAUGGAAGAGAACGGAAUCGGUGAAGAAGAUGAACGAACUCAGGGCAUCAAACUCCUAAAAACUAUACUGAAGUGGCUGAUGGCGAGCGCAGGAAGGGCCUUCUCCACAGCAGUCACGGAGCAGCUCCAGCUUUUACCUUUAUUUUUUAAGAUUGCCCCGGUGGAAAAUGACAACAACUAUGAUGAGCUGAAAAGAGAUGCAAAGUUGUGUCUGUCCCUCAUGUCUCAGGGGUUGCUUUACCCUCAUCAAGUGCCUUUGGUACUUCAGGUGCUAAAACAAACAGCAAGAAGCAGUUCUUGGCACGCCAGAUACACGGUACUGACCUACCUCCAGACCAUGGUGUUCUAUAACCUCUUUAUUUUCCUGAACAACGAAGAUGCGGUUAAAGAUAUCAGGUGGCUGGUUAUAACUCUUUUGGAGGAUGAACAACUGGAGGUUCGAGAAAUGGCUGCUACCACCUUAAGUGGUCUGUUACAGUGUAACUUCCUUACCAUGGAUGGUCCUAUGCAGAUUCAUUUUGAGCAACUUUGUAAAACAAAACUACCCAAGAAACGAAAACGAGACCCUGGCUCUGUAGGAGAUACCAUUCCUUCUGCAGGUAACGUUGCAGGGACUUGUCCCUCCUGAUAACAUGUCCAAAGUACAUGAGACGAAGCCUUGCCAUACUUCUAAGGAGCAUUCCGGCUGUACUUCUUCUGAGACAGAUUUGUUCAUUCUUCUGGCAGUCCACGAUACAUUCCAUGUUCUUCGCCAACACCAUGAUCAAAUGCAUCGGGUCCUUUUCGGUCUUCAUCGUCCAUUGUCCAGCUUUCACAUGCGUGAGGCGAUUGAAAACACAUGGCUUAGUCUGUGAAGUGGCGUCUUUGCCUUUUAACAUUGUGAAGAGGUCUUUGCAGCAGAUUUGCCCACUGCAGUAAGUCGUUUGACUUGUCGACUGCUGCUUGACUGCUGAUGAUGGAUCCAAGUCACAUGAAAUCCUUGACAACUUAAGUCUUUUCUCCGUUUAUCAUGAUGUGGCUUAUUGGUCCAGUUGUGAGGAUUUUUGUUUUCUUUAUGUUGAGGUGCAGUCCAUACUAAAGGCUGUGGUCUUUGACCUUCAUUAAUAAGUGCUUCAAGUCCUCUUCACUUCCAGCAAACAAGGUUGUGUCAUCUGCAUAACGCAGGUUGUUAAUGAGUCUUCCUGCAAUCCUGAUGCCCCGUUCUUCUUCAUAUAGUCCAGCUUCUCGGAUUAUUUGCUCAGUGUACAGAUUAAAUAAAUAUAGUGAAAGUAUUGACACUGACACAUAGCUUUCCUUAUGUUAAACCAUGCAGUAUAUCCCCUUUCCUGAUGUUAAACCAUGCAGUAUAUCCCCUUUUCUGAUGUUAAACCAUGCAGUAUAUCCCCUUUCCUGAUGUUAAACCAUGCAGUUUAUAUAUAUAUCCCCUUGUUGUAUUUGAACAACUGCCUCUUGGUCUAUGUACAGGUUCCACAUGUGCAUAUUAUAAAUAUAUAAUGUGCUGCAUAUUAUAAACUAUUAUAUAAAUAAGGCCCCCUACACACCCCAGAGUGGCUUUAUAAGAGAAGUAUGCAGAAUUAUUUUGGAGGAUCUGAAAGACCUCCUUUUAGAAUUUAUAACUUGUGUGUAGGCUACGAAGAGAGGAAAAAAACUCAAGUAAACAAAACAAGAAUAAUAGAACAUGUAUAGAAAAAUCAUUAGCAAGCAGGCAGCUUAAUGAAUUUAUAGGAAGUACUUGGAAUAUGAAGCUGUAUAGUGAAUUUAAGGGAAUUCGGGGCUGACCAAAAAAAAAAGACAUGACCAUGAGAUAGCUUUGCACAGCAAGAUUUACUGCAGGAGGUCUCCCAGAGGCAAGCUUCACAGAGAGCCACCAGAAGGGGGAAAGGACAGGAAAAACUCCAGGGAUGAACAUAAUCAGUGUCACUUGUCCAGUUGGGGAAUGUCCAGUUAUGGACCAGUAAUCUGAAAUUUUUCUCCAAAAAUGGAGGGUGCCAAGAGACCAAAGAAAGGCGGGCAACUCCAGGGUGGCAGCAGAGGAGUAUAUUAGGGAAACUUCCAUACGAGGCAGCGAUCCCUGGUAGCCAAAGGACCAGAGCAGAUCUCGGCACCCCUCAGUGGGAGGGCAGAGGUUUUAUAGUGGUGGUGGACAGUAGUGGCUCCAUGCCAGGGGUUUACAUAAGAAGGCAAGCUGUGGUGUGCUGGUGGACCUCUCCGGGGCGCCCAUGUUCAGCCUUGCAAAACUUGUUUGCCCUUCAGUCCACCCCCCAAGGCCAGCUCUUACAAUCUGGCACAUUUUCUCUUGUGCUGUGGUACGAGAGGCCCCGUCCCUCCUUGCCAGGAACAGAUACGGAAGUGGGCUUGGCAAGGUGCCCUGUGGUACCCACGCAUGUGAAAGAGACAGAGAAAGUUACUGUGCGCGCGGAAGAGGGAGACGGCUUGUCUGAUACGGAGAAGGAACUUGGGGAGAGAAGGCAACCCAGUUCCCAGCCUCCUCAUCCGAGAAUGCUGUGGGCCCAAGGCCUUUACAUAGGCAGCCCGGUUGGGAGGUGUAGAGGUAGACCAUUCCCCACCCAGGGGGCGUAAAGUGCACUUUACACGGUGCCUUUCUGUAGCAUCAUGGGGAGCCUCUGGGUCAGAGAGCUCUGAAGGACAGCAGCGUCCUCGGGUCCUUAUGGCUACAGGACUUUACAUUGUCUGCACCAGAUGCUGGGUGCAGUUUGGAAGGGUGUAUAAAGCAGGCAGGCUCUAAGUGGUUAAAAUCUGCAUAUUGGGGGGGCUGUUUUUAAAACAAUUAGAUGUGUACAAACUUGAGUUUGGUACCUGCGGGCUUCUUUGGGCUAGUAGGCCUGAACUUGCUAUGAAGAAGUAAACAUCUUGGCGCCAUACACGAAGGCCAUUAAGCUCUGAAGUGCCUUAUAUUAGGGUCUUCCUAAUGUCAUGUAGUUACCUAAUAGCAAAUGCAAAUAAAUGACUAGUGCAGGUGCCAGUUCCUUUCCUUGAGAACUGUGUUUUUAAAUAAUUAAGUACCAAAAUAUUUUUCAGCCUCUGUUAAACCAGAUGGCAAUGUUUGCUGUUUUUGUCUACUAUCAGUUCGCCUUUUCUUACUUUCAGCCCCCUAUCCUCCACGUUGCUCAUGUACACGUAGAAUGCACUCAGACACCUCCAUAAACACCAUUCUUAAGAAGUGAUGAGAAUUUGAAAGCAAUGUGAUGUAACCGUACCACUGAAGAGAGACUAGAAUACACACGGGUUGCAGUUCCAUGUUUUAAGAAAUACAGCCAUGCCUCAGACGCAAUGUUUUCCCAAAGAAUUGAUGCAUCCUCUGUGGGGUACACACCUCCAGAAAAAUUUUGAUUGGAGAUUGUUUUGGAUCUAAGAAUGGCAACUGAUACGAGUUAAUCAGAAAAGCCAUUCCUAUAUUAGUUUGGCAUGUAUUUCUGGCUUAGGUACAGUUAUGCUGUCGCCGAAGGAUGGCUGUAGGAUGUCUUGGCAAAUUCUUAAAUACAGGGUUGUUUUGAGUUCAGCCUCCCAAUCAUGUUUUUUGAUGUGUACAUAUGUAGAUUUGGGGCCCUGGUGGUGCAGUGGUAGAUUGAUUUAUUUUUACAUGCGAUUUUAUUUUGUUGAUGAGAACACCACCACAGCAAAGCAUACACGAAUUCAGCAGUUUCGGCGUGUGCCAUUUAGCGAUACCGAUUACAUUCUUUGAGUCGCGCAACCAUUCCCACCCUCCUUGUCUGAGUUGUUUUCCCUGUCUUAACAUGAAGUCCCUGCCCCGUGUACAUUCAUUUUAAAUGGAGAAAUCCACACGCUGAAAACCACUGGGAU